UGUCUCCCCCGCCCCCACCCGUCUGACGAUGGACGAGCUGCAGGAUCUGCCCGAGCUGCCGACUAAGAAGCCUCGGCAGGAGCUGGAUGUUGGCCUGGAAAAGGGCCCGAGCAGGGGAGUGGGGGUUACCGACGGCAACGGCCCAUCAGAUACGGGCAAUCCAGCUGUCCUGGGGUCCGACCUAAACGCUUUCCCCCAAGCCGGCACCCAGCUUGAAGCGAGUCGGAGGUCAGAGACGGGGACGGAAGCUCAGCCCUGCAAUGAGGCCAAUGACUCCUUUACACACACAGCUGUAACCUGCAAAGGCCUUACCACUACAUCUAGUGACUAUUCCACACAACUCUGCCAAGGAACCAGGUCCCUGGGCCAUGUCCUGUCUCCGCCCACCGUCCCGGCUGUCACCUCGUACCCAAGCCAGCCCACCUUCACCCCCCUGGCCCAGUCCACCAUCUACAGCGCCUUUCCCCCCGCCAGCCAGGGCUACGGCCUGCCCCCCUUCGGCACCAUGUGGCCUGGCAUUAAGACUGAGACGGGGCUGCCCGAGUCGCCCUCUAUAGGCCAGCCUGGGUAUCUCAGCUUCAGCACCGCAUAUACCUCAACCCAGCCAGGCCAGGCACACUACUCAUACCCCAGCCAAGGGUCGAGCUUCAGCACCUCCAGCGUGUACACCUGCAUCCCCUCCGGUACCACAGCAACGACUGCAUCCACCACUGUGCCCCAGCAGGAUUACAACUACAGCCCCCUGGGUCAGAGCCAGUUCCCCCAGUUCUACACACCGUCCAGCUACCCCACGGCCGGGCUGACCGUCCCCAGUGCGGAGGGGGACGGGGUCGGCGUGACGGGGUACCCCGCCCCGAAAACGGAGGACAGCGGCACGGUGGGGCUGCCCGGCGACGCAGAAGCCCCUUCGGGCGUGGCCCUGAACCCGGGGCCGUGCGAGCCGGAGGAGACGGCGCGGCGGAACAGCGGCGGGAAGGCCAAGGGCAAGGCCAAGAAGAGCGACUGCUCCCAGUCCGCCGACAACGACCUGGAGAGGAUCUUUCUGUGGGAUCUGGAUGAGACCAUCAUCGUCUUCCAUUCCCUUCUCACCGGGACAUUCGCACACAAGUUCGGCAAGGAGCCGUCCUCCGUCCUGAAUCUGGGUCUGCAAAUGGAGGAGCUCAUCUUUGAACUGGCGGACACGCACCUCUUCUUCAACGACCUGGAGGACUGUGAUCAGGUCCACGUGGAGGAUGUCGCCUCUGAUGACAACGGGCAGGAUCUGAGCAACUACAACUUUGUGGCGGACGGCUUCAGCAGCUCUGGGGGCAGCGGCGGGGGCCCGGGGCCCACCAGCGGGGUGCAGGGGGGCGUGGAGUGGAUGCGCAAACUGGCCUUCCGCUACCGCCGCCUGAAGGAGAUCUACAACGGCUACAAGAGCAACGUCGGGGGCCUGCUGAGCCCCAUGAAGAGGGACAUGCUCCUGAGGCUGCAGACGGACAUCGAGAACGUGACGGACGCCUGGCUGAGCACCGCCCUCAAAUCCCUGCUCCUGAUCCAGUCCAGGGGCAGAUGUGUGAACGUGCUGGUCACUACGACCCAACUGGUGCCUGCGUUAGCCAAGGUGCUGCUCUAUGGCCUGGGAAACGUCUUCCCCAUCGAAAACAUCUACAGCGCCACCAAAAUAGGGAAAGAGAGCUGCUUUGAGCGAAUCGUCUCUCGUUUCGGAAAGAAGGUGACGUACGUGGUGAUUGGUGACGGCCGGGACGAAGAAUUUGCAGCCAAGCAGCACAACAUGCCGUUCUGGCGCAUAUCCACACACGCAGACCUGCUGUCCCUGCACCAAGCCCUGGAGCUGGACUUCCUGUAGGUGGCCAGGGGCAGGAAGGGGAGCAGGCGGUGUGGAGACCAGCCCACCCCUCUCUGCCUCGCCCACACCCCCUUCCGACCCCCUGCACCCUGCCCCGCCCCUCCGCCCAGCAUGCCGCGGGAGAUUCAGACCCAACUGGACAGGACCCCGCAGCGGGUCUCCCCCUCCUCUCCUGCCCCUCACACCCCCCACCCCACCCACCUGACGGCAGCUAUCCAUUCUGGGGCCGACCCUGGCACGGGCCACACAUCUGUGCAGGAGGAGGAGGAGUAGUCUCUCUCUCUCUGUCUCUCUUCCCCCCCCCCCCUCUAACCACAGGACAGACCAAAGGUUCGCACUGAGCUCAAAACUGAGCUGAUUUAGGUUUUUUUUUUUUGUUCUUUACUGUGAUUUUUGUUUUCCAGCGCAUUAGGGUUAGUCAUCAAACAUUAAUGUCAUCUUAAAUUCACCAGCUGUUUGUGUGUUCAUGGCAAUGCUCGCAAUAUAAACCCACGCAUUAACCCCCCCCCCACACACAGCCAUGUUGUGCAACAUCCCUUCUUGUGGGCCUUUGCCUUCAUGUACAAUUUUGAUCCUGGUGUGCCCUUAAAAAGUAAUGCUAAAAAAGCAGAUGUUGAAUUUAUCAUGUUUUCCAGUGCAAAGAUAAAGUAGUUUGACCGUCGGAUAAGUUCAUUAGGUACUCCGAUAAGGUUACUUCUCAGUACACUUCAGCAGACUAAGGCCCAAACUGUGACCGGCUCUUCCCCCAAAAACCUCAGUUGUGAGGAGAGUAGUUCGGUACAGCUUUGUUGAAGGUCUCAAAUGCUGGAGACCCGCUCUGGGACAUCAGCACGGGCUGGCCGUUUGCAUGGGCGCACUUCACGGAAGGGUCCGGAAAUGAGACAGGACAGUCUGAUGCUCUACGACCUGCGUCUGAACUCUGGCUGUGUUUGAGAGGCGUAUUAUCGGGGCUUUUCACGCAGCCCAAAUACCCCGAAGCAAUCGGACUGCUGUAUCCCACAAUUCAACCAAAGAUGGCGCCGGUAUCUGAAAGUCAUAUGACCUCCAAGGAAUCCAAGGGUGGUUCUCAAGAGUGUAAACCUCACAUUUCAGAAUUGUAUCCUUAAUGUUAGAUUUAGGUUUCCUGUAAACUAUUUUAUUUUAUUCAAUGUUGAAACGGUACGUCCAACCGAACACGUUCCCUGUAGUUUUUCUGUAAUGGCUUCGAAUGUCACUGAAUUAUCUCACAGGAGAUUGGAGCUGGUGAGGUUGUGGUAAAACAUGGAGUUUGUUUCAUACUGGAAUUUCUCCCUCUAUAACUGGAAGAGCCGUUAGUGAGUGACUGUCGCCGCCAGCAACCCUGACAUCCUCUGAACUGAUCAAGCCGUAACCCGGUUGACAGAAGAUAUUUCCUAGAAAUCAGUCCAGAAAUCAGGAUUGAGAUGCAGUGUGUUUCUCUCAAAUGGUUUCCAGACGGUCCUAGCUGCUCACGUCCCGAAUAACUGACUAACCGACCGAUUGACCGACUGACCGAGCCAGCAGCUCCCCCAAAGCAACAACACUACCUUCAUGUUACCACUAGAUGGCGGAAGCACACUUACAUGGGGAUCCACCAAAGUUGAUGCAGGCCCUACUCGGUGCCUGUUCUGUUAUUGUUUAUAAUAUUUGUGUGCAGGCAGGAGAGACACUUGAACUUUGACCCUGAAAUCUCAUUCCUGGAGCAGAAUGGGAGCUGUGACCCACAAACCGAGCGCACUGCCUUUACCAACAAAAAUACGAUUUUGACCUGUGCAGUUAGUUCACCCCCAGUGUUAGAAAUGGGAGUUCAACUGUACGACUCAUGAUACAACUUAAAAAAAAGAAAAACAGAUGGGGAAGCCUUGCUUCUGAGCCGAGUAGCAGGUCAGACGAACGCAUUUGGUGACGACCCUGUUUUAUACCAAGGUGCUGUGAGCUGUAAGGCAAAACAAUCAAAUGCAGACGGAGGUACGUUCGCUUGGGCCAGCCUGGCGAAUUUCGUGACGUUCGGCUGUUCUCCUCGCGCUCCUCAACACGCGUACGAUUGGCUGAAACUUUCUGGCGACCGGGAGGGUACCGCACCUCCUUAAUCUCGCUCCCACGCAGAGUGGGAGUGCAACCAAAAACAAAGCCGCACCUCGUACAAUUCAAACACCCAAAGUUAUGUAACGGAGGCCUUCUUCUGGGGUGUGUUUAAUUAGCGUAGGUUUGACGUAGUUAGGUAGGUAGGCCGAUAUUAUAGGACAAUGGGGGAAGAAAUCUUCCAAUUGUGCAAUACUUUUGUAGUUGACGGUAUAUUCAGAGUGAGGUGGUGGUGUUGGUGGAGCACAGGCUGUUGGGCGCUGUUCAGCUGAUCAGACUCGAGUCAGAUACGUCAUCGUUUUGGAUUCGCACGCUUUUCUACACUACUGACCCCGUCUGGCGUAUCGGAACCUACGAAAUACUCUCAAGAAGUACAAACCCCGCCUUCUGGUCCACUCAAUUGCGCCAGGCAAGAUCAGUCGAGCACAGAAAAGUAUUCGAAUCCAAGACAACGAUGCAUUUGACCCAUGUCACAUGAUAUCUCGUCAGCGUGAGAGGAGGGACAGCGCCAGUCCCAGGGGAGAGACGGAGAGAUAAUCUGGAGCUGGUGACGGAGGUGUACUGCUGUCCCCGCUGCUCCCGGACGCAGCGGUUGAGGUGAUAUACCUGCCGUGCACCAGAGAACUGGUCCAGCCUAUCGCUGGGCUCCUGCUGAGAGAUGGGAGAGCGAGCGUCUCCACUCCCUGGGAGAUUAUGACUGAACAAAUCUGAGCCUGAUGAUGUCGCAAUUUCACAUACAAGCAGCUGGACGAUUAAGAAUGUUUGUUCCGUGUAUUUGUGUGUUUGUACAUAUUUAUAUAGUGCCUUUUAACCCAUAUAUAUAUCAACACCUGUAAGGGAUAUUCGGAAAUGUGUUUAACGUAUCAUGAAAUGCGAUCAUUGUUAUUCUGUAGUAGAACUGAAGUGUUAUUUGAAUUGUAUUUUUAUUUCUAUUUUCAAAACCAUCGUGUAUGUUUUUGAACAGUGCUGAAAAGUUCUUUACCUUUUUUAAAUUUUAUUUCUGGUAAUGCAAAAUCUUACAUUUAAUAGUCUCAUUUGCAAGUAGUUAAUCCCAGUUUGUUUCAAAAUGUGUCAAUAGUCUUUUUAGAAUGACAUGCGUUCUUCCUGGGUGAUGUCAUCUUUCACUGCCCAAUCGGUGACGCGUUUCAUGUCACUUAACUUUGACUAGCGCUACUACAGUUACUCUUGGAUCCAAGGCACUGUGAAUCACCUCCUUACCGCACAGACAAUCAGUGGCCUUGAUGUGAGUGAUGUCACAGCUGUUUUUAGUCCCCGGCAUAUCUCUGCAGCCAAUGGGAUUUUAAUGCAUCCAGCAGUGCAGCUCGCAACUGGCUAGCGAAUACAAUAAAGUCAAAUCACGUGACUGUCAAUUUUAACCCUUUGAAGAGUAGUUUUAAAAAUUAUUUUGGAAUUCCAAGUAAAUGUUCUAGAACUCCAUCGCUUUUGGUUGCCAGUGGCGAUUGUUACAUCAGCAUUAGAAUGUUCACUUAAGAACAUUCUAAUCACACAUGUAUGACCUCACACCUCAAAGGUUUAAGAGUCUGCUUUGGUUCAAUGUGCCACUGCAGCUUGCCUAAUCCAGAAACAUUUUCUUGGUACGUUGUGGGAAGGGGUACGGGGCCGGAAAUGUAGGUGAGAAGAUUUGGGUGGAUUUUAUGUUUGAGUUGGAGCAAGGAGAGGGAUAAUGGCAGCCAGCAGAUCAGAGAGACUUGGAUAGUUUUUAUUGCAGCAUUGGGGGUAAAAUGAGAUUUCCUUUGAAACAUCACAAGUUGCACCUUGUUUUUUUUUCCAUAAAAGGUGUCCUAUGCAACAAAAAAGGAAACGCAAAUGCAGCAACAAAAUGGCUGUUAAUACUUCUGAGUGGUGCUGGUUACAAGAUGUGAUGCAGUGUUUGCAGUCCCAGAGUAAGAUCACCCAUGACAUGGGUGGACAUUUUGAUUUGUUGUGUUUUAAAUCCCAUGGAGAGGAUUAUUCUGUUCAUAUUUUCAGCUUCUUUUUUAUGUGUGUAAUUCGGUCCAAAAUUGGUUGGUCCGGUUGAAAUUGACUCUGGUGAUCUGCGUAAUUACGUCAUGACCCCACGAACUGGACAGUGGAAAAAUGUUCUGUCUUUGUUUUGGUUUUUUUGGCAACCUUUUUGUAUCGGACCGGUAUACUGUUUUGUGGCCCAAAAUGUUUUCCUGUGUACUGAAAAGAAAUUCAUCAUAGUUGUGUAAAUAAAUUUAAAAAACAAA